AUGCCCCCCAUUAGAGAAACAGAUCUUACAUGGAUGGCGCCAUUAGCAGAUCUGCAGGAUGGGCAUCGCUGCCACUUUGCAAUCCACGUCUCCGGACUGAGGGUAACCCAGUACAAUCUCCCCGUUUUCAUGAGCCCCUCCAAUGCCAUCGAAGGGCAGGGAGUCAAUUUAACCACCGGCUCUGCCCCGACUGCCUUCUUUAUUUGCAACUGGUAUCGCGGGACGGAGAUUAAAGAAAACUUGAUCGUCACCGUCUACCUGGCUCCUUUAAGUGGGAACGUCUUUGGGCCUGCCUACACCGGGCGAGAAACUGCAGAUAAAAACUGCUCUCUCCUCGUGGACAAUCUGAAGCAGGAUGACUCUGGAACCUACACAGUGACCAAAGAUGGACCUUCGGUCCAUGGAAGAGGAGACCUCAACAUAGAGGUUCUAGCUCCGAGCUUACUGCCCAAGCCGAGCAUGUCCAUCGUCCAGCUUUUCCGAGAGAAUAUGGAUUCGGUCCAUCUCAAGUGUGACACAACUGUAAGAUCUGCAAAUAUCAGCUGGCUGAGGAAUGGGAAAGCCCUCAGCUCCUGCCUCCGGAUCCAGCUGUCCAAUAAUAACCAGACUCUCGCCAUACAGCCCGUUCUCCGUAAAGAUGCUGGCGCAUAUCAAUGUCACAUUUCCAAUCCUUUAUCUGCUCAAAGGAGUGACACCACCACCAUUUCUGUGAUCUAUGGUCCAGAGGUGCCUGUCAUCCAUCCAAACAAUGCCUGUAAUAAAGAAUACCAAACCAUCAUCCUCAACUGUCUGGCUGCUUCGUAUCCCGGGCCUCAGUACACUUGGUACCGUGAUGGUACCGUGAUGGAUCGCGGGCCCAAAUUAAUCAUCGAAAACUUCACCGAGAGCCAAGCUGGGAUCUACGUCUGUGAAGCCCUGAAUGAGCUUCUUCAAACACGGAACGAGAGCGACGGUCAGCACAUCCGCUUGGAGAAAA